AGACGUUGGGGUCAAACAGCGUUUUGGCCGGGAAACACGAUAAAAGUACAAGGCUAAAAUAGACAAUUCGGAUACUCGUACGCAGGGAGAAGAGAGAAACAACUCAACCACUUUGUUUAUUUAUAAGCCAAGAGAUAGAGACAUAAAGGUACCAGUGGAGAGACAGAGCUUUGUAAUCCCUCAAGACAAAGAAGAAAAAGAACAUGUUUCCCGCAAGAAAAACCAAGAGAGUUUUCUACUCAGCCGGGGCCGGAGACUGCGUCUUUACACAGGGCAGGAAACGACGGCGUUGUGUUUCUCCUUCUCCCAUUUCUUCGGCGCCGGUAAGUAAAGCAGGAUCCGAUUUGCUGGACUCAAUCCCUGAAGAUCUUGUUUUGUCUAUUCUCCGAAGACUUGCUUCCACAUCUCGGUGCCCUGCUGAUUUCAUCAACGUUUUGAUGACAUGUAAGAGAUUAAACAGUUUAGCUACGAGUCCUCUUGUUCUGUCGAGAUUGUCACGAGAUGUGUUCGCCGUAAAAGCUCAAAACUGGUCGGAAGCAGCUCACCGGUUUCUUAAACGCUGCAUAGACGCCGGAAAUCUCGAAGCUUGCUAUACUCUCGGAAUGAUUCGGUUUUACUGUCAGCAAAACAGAGGAAACGGCGCGUCGCUGAUGGCAAAAGCAGCGAUCAGAUCACACGCGCCGUCUUUAUACUCUUUAGCCGUAAUUCAGUUCAACGGGAGCGGCGGUUCCAAGAACGACAAGGAUCUUCGAGCCGGUGUAGCUCUAUGCGCGCGUGCGGCUUUCUUAGGACACGUUGACGCGCUACGUGAGCUUGGUCACUGUCUCCAAGAUGGUUACGGUGUUCCACAGAAGGUCUCAGAAGGCCGGAGAUUCCUCGUUCAAGCCAACGCUCGUGAACUCGCCGCCGUUUUAUCUUCUGGAGACAAAGCUCGGUCGUGGCGGCUGCCUCAAAUCUCUAGUCCUAACCAGAGCCGUGGUUGUCCGUUGCUGAGCGAUUUUGGAUGUAAUGUGCCGGCGCAAGAUUCACAUCCGGCGAAUAAGUUUUUGGCGGAUUGGUUCGCCGUUAGAGGCGGAGACUCCCUCGGAGAUGGGCUGAGGUUGUGUUCUCACGGCGGAUGUGGACGGCCGGAGACGAGGAAACAUGAGUUCCGGAGGUGUUCUGUUUGUGGCGUUGUGAAUUACUGCUCACGCGCUUGUCAAGCACUUGAUUGGAAACUCCGGCAUAAGGUGGAUUGUGCUCCGAUGGAACAAGAUGACAUUGAUUGAGAAGGUAACGCUCAGAUUGACGGUGAUAACGUAUUGUUGCCGAUGAGCUAACGGCAAAAGUAAUGGCUGCUUUAGUUUAGUUUCGUUCUUUGUUAGAUUAGUGUAGAGUUUAGGAUAAACUAUUACCAACGGUCAGAAAAGGGCGUUAGGAGUAAUUUUUCUAUUUUAAUCCUUUGUAAAUAUGAGUAUCAGUGAACGGCUACAAAAAAGUUUCUAUAUUUCUUGUUAAUUUUAAUUUAAUCUCGCUGUUCUUCU